AAUACUCUUACAACUACUACUACAACUCCACAGUCCACUUUGUUUUCGAACAACUUUUCGUGUCAAGUUCUGGAAUAGUGAUUUGUUUCUUUUAACUUAUAAGGAUAAGCAGGGCUAGUUUUAGACCAUACGUCAUUUAGGUUAUAUCAGGCCUUACUUAUCAGCUAACAUAAGAAGCAAUACAAGAUCUAGCCUGGGCUGUCUAAGGAGCUGUUUGGUGGUUGCUGUCUGCCUUACACUAGGUAGGCUACCUACCACUACUUUGCCAGCGAAAAUGAGUGACAAAAAGAAAGCAAACUUUUUGGACAUCGACGACAGUAUAAUGAAGAAGCAGCUGUUACUGGAGGGAACUGAGCCUAGGGAACUUCAGACGUUAUUUCCAGAUCCUUCACUCGAACGAGCAGCUGUCAUCAAGCCAAAAGUUGGUUUGUGCGUGAAAACCAGAGACGAAGAGAAAAACAAGGUUUUCAUCAAUGUCUGCACCUCGGAUGCCAUCCCGACCCCAGAGGACAUCUCCGACGAAGAGCUCAUCUCCAUCCUGGAGUCCGAAGAGCCAUCGGAUUUCAGAGUUCCCAUGUCUAUAGGACAACCUCAUCAUGAAAAGGACAAAUCUGGCGAGUCAUGUGUAGCCUACGAUGUUGUUAUCAGCCCAGAGUUUUUCUCAAAGAUGACAAACAACCCCCUUUUUAAUAACUUCUUCAUGGUAGCUACUUUGGAAGGCAUAGAAGAGAAGUACAGUCUCAGAUUGGAUAAAAAUGGAUGGACAGUCUUAAAGAAUAAAAAAUAUCAUGGCACCAUGCCUGAACAAGCUGUACGUACAACUAUGCCACUUGUCCAGGAACUGAGCAAAGUGCGACACUGGGAAACAAAAGAUUUACCAGGCCCUUCCAAAGCAAAGUCUGAGACCUCGCCAGCAACGAAUAAGCCUCUUAUUAGUGAAGUGUCGUCCAAAAAGAUACAAAAAGUAAAACCAAAGUUUGUGUUGGAAAAGAUAGGUUUUGAGGAAAUAACAACAUUGCAAGCUAAAGUUGAAUUGCCAGAAAUGAUUAGUGGACAGGACAUUGAUGUUGCUGUUGGAGAAGACAGGCUUGUAGUAGAGACUCGUAAAAGUUUUUUUGAUGUAUUUGUUCCCCAUAAGAUGGAUAAUGAGAGUGCAGAUGCUUAUUUCAUCACAUCCACAAAGGUCCUGAUCAUCAGAGUACCAGUCCUUUCAUCAUGAGCACGUUGUUAUUAAAAUGGAAUUUUCAUUAACCCCCUCAACAUGGAAAAUUUUCAUACCCUCCUCAACAUGGAAACACUGCACUAUUAAUGUAACAAUUCUGAAUGAAUAUAGGUAAGAUAUAAUUAAAUAUAUAAUUGUUUAA